UAAAACUGUUUGAUUUUUAUAUAUAUUCAAGUAAAUGGAUGGUUGUGAUUUUAAAAUUGAAAAUCUAGGAUUAUUCAUGGUAAUAAAUGGAUGAUUGCUUAGUUUCAUAACAUAAUCAUAAUCAUCCAUUUAAAUCCAAAGGCUGCAAUUGAAUAAAUAUGACAUACCAUUCUAAAACCAAGAAGAGAGGAUCCAAAUGCCAGUAUCAGAUGCUGAAAAUAACAGAAGUCCACUUGUAUAGGGGAAAAUCUUUUUGAGUUUUGAAAGUUGGGAUUUUGUUUUUGAGAACUUCCUCCUCAAGCGUUUGAAACAGUCUGCUCUACCCAAACUAAGCUUCUUCCUCUUCUUCUCCAAAGACCCAACACACUUAUGGACUUGUCUAUGAGCCUUCUCAACAUUUAUUCUUGAUCUUCCUAGCUUUUUCUUCAUUUUUUUCCCCUUCUCCUUCCAUCUUUGUUAACUAAUUGUGAGGGAUGCCAAUAAAACUAUCUGAGCAGUGAUCAGGUUUUUAGUAUAAUUCUCAAGAACUAUAAUUCAAUACUCUUUAAAGAUUCAUUAUUCUAGUGUUCUGCAAGACAAGAACAUUGCCAGGAAUUCUCUGAAAACAGUGUCAAGGGAUGGCCUCAAGAAACAUGUCAUCAGGAUUGUCAAAGUCUACAUACCGAUCAGAACUACAGCUCCAUGGGCAUGGUUUAGCCUUCUCUUUAGACAGAGAACUUCUGGCUGCAAGAUCAGCCAAAGUAGCUGCCCUGAUAAAUGAAAAUUCCCAAGAGAAUAUCUCAAGUCUUCUCCGAGAAAUCCCUGUUGAUCCAGAAACUUUUGAGCUUGUUGCAAGAUUCUGCCAUGGUUUCGAACUGACUUUGUCCUCAGAGAAUGUUAUCCCUCUCAUUUGCCUUGCUAACCACUUGGAUAUGACAGAAAGCCACUACAAUAAUAAUCUGCUAAAGAAGGUUUUCAACUUCUUUGAGCAAAGAGUUCUGUCAAGUUGGAAUGAAACUAUCAAAGCUUUUCGUUCGGCAGGUAAUAGCCUUCAACAAGCAGCGCGUUUGGGUUUGUUCGAUGCUGGUUUAGAGUCUCUUGUUGAAAAAGCACUUGCUAAUCCACGUUAUCUUGGAGAUCCUAUCAAGAAUUCAACAAACGAUGAUGAUAGUGGGGAUGAGGAGGAAGGCUAUAGACCAAAUGCAAGACGAAGGCUCUUUGUUCUUGAUUGGAAAUCAGAGGAUUUGGCCACACUGUCCCUCCAGCUAUAUCAUCCCAUCAUUCACUCUAUGAAUCAGCGUGGAGUCCCAGCAGAGUAUGUGGCUGCUUCUCUUUGCCAGUAUGCAGAGAAGUGGGUUUUCUCUAGUGGCAUAGGAGGUGAUAAUGUGUCAGUUUACAAAAGGAACUCUCAAAGGGAUGUGAUUGAAACAGUGGAAAGGCUUCUGCCUCAUGAGAAAGGACUAAUUCCCUGCAGUUUUUUGUUCAAAAUGCUCAAAUUCGCAAUUUCCUUGGAAUCAAGCAAUGACUGUAGAAAUGGAUUCGAGAACAGAAUUGGGAAGCAACUUGACCAGGCAACAGUCAAAGACCUAUUAAUACCUUCUCAAGGGCAUACCAAGGAAAUGCAAUAUGAUAUUGAAUGUGUGAGGAGGAUUUUGAAGCAUUUCUACAGCAACUAUAGUAGUUCUGAUAGUUCUGGCCUAAUUGCAGUGGCAGAACUCAUUGAAGAAUUCUUAGCGGACGUUGCAAGUGACAUAGAUUUGAAGAUAGAUACAUUUACCACCCUGGCUGAGGUGUCAAUGGCAGCAUCAUUAGGAACACAAAAAAACUCUGAUGGAAUAUACAGGGCCAUUGACAUUUACCUGGACAAACAUAGGUAUUUGACAGAACUGGAAAGAGAGGAGGUUUGUAGGAUGUUGGAUUGCCAUAAAAUGUCUCCAGAAGCUUGGGAACACGCGAUGAAGAAUGAAAGGCUGCCAUUGAGGUUUGUAGUGCAAGUGUUGUUUGUGGGACAGCUGCAGCUUCGAGAGCAGAGAGACACAAUUGCAAAAGAGGUACAGGUUUUUGAUGAAAAAUUGAGAAGAGAGGAAGUGGAUGAAGAAGAGGAGGAGGAGAAUGAGGUGAAAGUUGGUUUUUAUGAGGAAAAAGUAAGAUCAGAAAUGGAGAAGAUGAGCAUCAAAGUAAUGGAGCUAGAGAAAGAGUGCUAUAUGAUGAGGAAAGAAAUUCAAAAUGGUUGCAAUCACAGGAUGAAAAAAGAGAAGAUUAGCAUGUGGAAGGAAAUGAAGAGAAAGCUAGGGUGCAUGAGUAGCAUUAAUAAUUGUAAUUGCCAAGUAAAGAAGAAGAAGAAGGUGCAUCCAAAAUAUUAAUAAUCAACUUAUUUGAUUCAUCUUUCUACUAUGUCUGGACUUUGUAUUUAAUUAAUUAUCCUUAAAUGUGAUUUA